AUGGAGCAGAGCAGGAGAGCGGUGGAGUCGUACUGGAGGUCGAGGAUGAUCGACGGUGUGACCUCCGACGAGGAUAAGGUUGCUCCGGUUUACAAAUUGGACGAAGUUUGCGAUUUGCUGAGGUCGUCGCAUGUCUCCAUCGUCAAAGAAGUGUCCGAAUUCAUCCUGAAGCGCCUCGACCAUAAAUCUCCGAUCGUUAAACAAAAGGCGUUAAGAGUCAUCAAGUAUGCUGUUGGAAAGUCUGGUGCAGAGUUCAAAAGGGAGAUGCAAAGGAAUUCUGUUGCUGUGCGGCAGCUAAUUCACUACAAGGGUCACCCUGAUCCUUUGAAAGGUGAUGCAUUGAACAAGUUUGUGCGUGAGACAGCACAGGAAACCCUUUCUGUCUUAUUUUCAUCAGAAGACAGCAAAGGUCCACAAACAGAAAGUAGCCUCCGCAGUCGGAUUCAAGGAUUUGGGAACACAAACUAUGAGAUGCCAUCAGAAGACAGAAAGUCGUUCAUCAGUGAGGUGGUUGACAUUGGAAGUGCAACAAUUAAGCAGGGAUUGAACAGUUUAGCACAAUCCCCAUCCUUGAAGAGAAGUAGUGACAGUGGGAGUUACAGAAGCCCAAAUCUUCGGGGGUCUUUGACUGCAGAUAGUGAUUACUCCAAUCGGUAUGAAGGCAUUAGGUCUACUGCUGAAACUUACAACUCUUCUCGCUUUUCAAACAAUGCUGGUUCGAGGAGUUGGGGUCAACAUCCAAGUGAAUCCGAGUUAGAAACAGGUAACAGGGACUCCGGUUCCACUUAUAAUCAGAAGAGCCGCGAAGAAAAAUUGUUGGAGACCAUCGUGACUGCUAGUGGUGUUCGACUGCAGCCUACUCGGGAUGCACUCAAUGUUUUUCUGGUGGAGGCCUUAAAAUUAAAUGCUUUAUCAUUGGGGCAUGCUAUUGAAGCAAAACUAAGAUCCCCUUCAUGGCAGGUUCGUAUGAAAGCCAUGUGCGUUCUUGAGGCAGUUUUGAGAAAGAAAGAGGAUGAUCAUUUUUCAGAUAUUGUGUCAUAUUUUAGUGACAACAAAGAUGCGGUGGUCUCAUGUUCGGAAUCUCCUCAGGCAUCUUUGCGGGAGAAAGCAACUAAGGUGCUAAGUCUUCUGGGUGGGAAACAUAUUGGUGUGGUCCAUCAUGAGGCGAAAUCGACAAAGAUCUCUCAGCCUUCAAUAAUUCCAGAUUUGAUAGACACAGGUGAGGAUACCUUGGAAGAUUUUAGAAAAGCCGAGGUUGAGCCACAAAUUACAAAUGCAACCUCUACUGCUCCGCUGAUCAAUGACUUACUUGGUGACGACUUUGGCGGAAUUGGUGAUAGCACCAACACUCAUAAACUUGAGGAUGAUCCUUUUGCUGACGUGUCCUUUCACGUAAAUCAGGCUAAGGACCAUACUGCUGAUCUAUUUUCGGGGUUGCCGGUUGAUAUAUCGAGCAAUACAGAAGCCCAUUCAGUGGUACAUCAAAUGGAGUCGGAAAACCCUGCGACAUUCGAUUUUUCUAGAUCGAGGCCUGAGCUUGCCAAGGAGCACAACGACCUUGUAAAGGAUGCUACCAACUUGAUGGAUGGUUUAUUGCUUAAUGGAAAUGAUCCAUUUUCAAAGCAUAAUGGGCGAGAUUCUGAGAAAUAUAGCAAUAAUCCAGGUUCAGUUUCAAUUGUCAAUCAAGAUAAUACUAAGUUCAAUGAUGUCUUGAUUAGUGGUAGUGCUUCUCAAGGGAUGAAUGCAAAUCCCAUGUUUCCCGUGGGUGCUAUGGCAUAUAAUUUGCCACCUGGCGUCAUGUUUAAUUCAACAGCAUUCACAUCUCAGCCAAUGAACUAUUCUGACAUGGGAACCCUCUUUGCUCAGCAGCAACAGUUUAUUGCUACAUUGUCUAACUUCCAGCAAAAAGGGAGUUUGCAAUCAAAUAAGAGUAUGAAUGCUGGUGGAUCUAGAGGAGGAAUGUCAUCACCCCUUCCAGAUAUUUUUAAUCCUGUCAUAGCUACUGAACCUCCUGUUUCGCUGAUGAAUGGCUCGAAGAAAGAGGACACUAAAGCAUUUGACUUUAUCUCUGAUCAUGUGGCGUCAGCUCGUGACCGUAAACAUGUGGUUUGA